GAACUUUUUAUGGUUUGGUCACAUUUCUAUGAUCUGAUCUGAUCACACCAAUCUCUUCACUUUAUCAUUUUACUCUCUUUCUCAUUGGUGUUCUAGCCAAUAUUGUCUCAUCUUUUUCACAUAUGGGUUGGUUAGAGAAGCUCUUGUUUGUUUGUUUUCUCAUUUUUGGUGCAGCCAUUGAUGGAAGUCAGGGAGAUGCAAUGGUCACCGGAACUGUCUUCUGUGACCAAUGCAAAGAUGGCCAAAGGUCCUUGUUUGAUUACCCGGUUUACGGAGUAAAAAUCAAAGUGGUCUGUACAGAUAGUAAUGGACAAGUCACAAUGUCAAGGGAAGAGACCACAAAUUGGUUUGGCAACUAUGCAGUGAAGUUUGAUGGAGCCCCAGAUCUCAGUGGCUGUUAUGCACAGGUUUCAAGCACUGGCCAGGACUCUCAAUCGGGCUGCACCGCGGCUGCGGGACCAGCACAGCAACUUAGACUAAUGUUUAGGAUGUUUGACAUGGAGAUGUAUGUAGCGAACUCAUUGCUUGCUCAGCCUUCUCAGCCAAUGUCAAAUUGCCCAAGGUCCUAUAACCCCGCCCCGGCUCCAGUAACACCCGCAAAUCCACCUCCUGUGUAUGCACCGGUGACACCUGCACCUGUAACUCCCACAAACCCUUCUCCACCGGCUUUCGGGCCGCCUCUCCCCCACUUGCCGCCGUUGCCUCCUCUGCCUCCAAUGCCUCCAGUGCCUUUCUUGGAAGCCACGGCAUGUUCUCAUGACAAUUGGACAACGCCGGAAUAUAAAUGCUACUGGAGGGCGGUAAACCCGGAUACAAAGGUAGCGACAAUUUUUGGACCAUUUGCAGCAAGGCGAUAUGGAACAGACAUGACAUUGUGGCAAGGGCUACAGGGGAGAGGAGACUCUUACAGGACUCUCCUGAGGGAAUCCAUCACUUCAUUUCUGAACUCCUACAACAGCCUCCAAUUUCCUUACCAUACAAUUGGCGUCAUCCAACAUACCAACUGGGCAUUGAUGGGCUCGCCUCGAAGUGUUCUUCUUACCGCCUUGCGGUUUAAGAGGGCUAAUUCUGGCUAUGGGAAUAUCAGCUGCAGAUUCACCCCAUGCAAGGAUUAAUAUUUUUAAUUCAGUGAUCUAUAUGUUUUUUUUGAAAUUGUUGUAUGGCGACAUAUAUGUCAUGAGUAGCAGUUCACCUUCGAGAAUAAGAUUACCUAGAGUUUGAUUUAUGCAA